AUGUGUGCGGCAAUAGAUAUGCUCGCGUCUGAGCAAAUAUUCUACGGUCACAGUCCGCCGGCGGGGUUCUUGACAGACUACACGCCUCCAGUUAGAAGACCAACAAAACUAACAACGAGGGGUUAUUCUGCACCAUGUCUAUCACUUCUCAAACCAAUCCAGUUAACCCUCAAAGCAGCGCCCCGAUCUUGCAUCAAACUAUCCACGGACAAAACGAAGAAACGUGUUGUGUUUGCAGAUGAUAGAGGUUAUGCUCUGGAACAAGUUAAGUUCAUGACGGAACCGUCCCAUGUACCUCCUUAUUGGGCUUUGAAAGUAACUCCCAGUUCAUUGCCAGUACGAGAACCACCACCCAAGAAUGUGAUAGACUUAUGGGAGCAACGGUUCCCUCAACCAGCUUCAGAUUACUUACAAUUUAGAAGACGCAUCACAGAAAAAUGUGUGUCCUUAGAAAAUGUGAUACUUAAACAAGAUGAAUGUGCGGUAGAUGGUACAGUGAAAGUGAAAAACUUAGAUUUUAACAAAGAGGUCUUUGUCAGAGCAUCUUCAGACGGCUGGAGGACACAUGAAGACACAUACUGUGCAUUCGUGGAAACAGGGCCUUUAAGCAAAAAUGGAGUAUCUGUGUAUGAUACUUUUGGAUUCCGAUUGCAGCUACCAAUUCAUUCCAGGAGGUUAGACUUCUGUGUGUGCUUUAGAUGCCAAGGCAACGAAUAUUGGGAUAACAACAACGGUGAAAACUAUAUAAUAGAAAAAUCAUCAGUUCGGAAAUCGCCAGCGAUCUCUUGUGCAAGAAUUAAUAACGGAAAUUCGUGGACGGACCGAGCUAAUACCAGUUUUAACACUCCUUAUUGG